AUGCCUAAGAGAAAUACAGCCGCGCAUUUCAUAUUCCCCCUUUUGACGAUAGUCCUUCUCAUAUCCGGUGCCCUCAUGCAAGGUGCUGACGACAAAGACGACAAGCUGAAGCCAAGAAACUGGAAAAGAAACAUCGACAACCUUGUAUGUUCUUUCUUAAGGAAAAAUAUGCAUGGCGCAAAACAAAUGCAAUACGCAAAUCUGUCGAAGGAAUUUAAGAAUGAAGAGGAACAAACCGAGGGAAAUGAAAAUGCCAUAAAGACCUACACCCGGGAAGAGGUGGCGAAACACAACACGAGUAAGGAUGCUUGGGUCAUUUUCAAAAAUAAGAUCUACGAAAUUACAUACUACUUAUUGUACCACCCAGGAGGAAAAGACAUCCUUCUAGAACAGGCGGGAAAGGACAUCACCGACUACGUGUCUCACUACCACCCCUGGAUCAACGUUCAAAAGAUCCUAAAAAAUAACUACAAAGGUAUGACAAAAUGA